ACUGAUCAUUCUCCGACACCGACCUACCGCUCCAUUCGCUAAUAUGUACUGGCUCGCUGAGGUCCUCGAGUACCUCAAUGUGCCGACGCCCUCGGUCAAGGUCAUCCAACUGGCCGUCUCUCUCCUCGUCAUUCUCGUCCCGUUGCCUGUCUUGGUGGCCUUUUACUUUUGGGCGCGGCCGCGUCAGGCCCUCGUGCCCCCGUAUCGCGAGCGCGUCGUCGUUCUAGGUGCCUCGUCGGGCACGGGAAAGGAGAUUGCGCUCCAGUAUGCUGCUCGGGGCUGCCGCAGCAUCGCACUCGUCGGCCGCAGGGGAAAGCUGCUCGAAGAUGUCGCCGAUGAGUGUCGCCGACUCCGCAAGAAGGGCGAGGAGUGGCAGAUGAGCGACCAGGCACCCGGCUGGGACGACCCCAAUCCAGAGAUCAAGCAGGACCUUAUCGUCAUUGAGGCAGACUGCUCCAAGCCGCAAGACGUCAUUCGCAUUCGAGAACGGUGCCUGCAGGACUACAAGGGACUUGACACCGUUCACAUUUGCUUUGGACUCUCUGCGCUUCGGCCACUGCUGGGGAUUGCUGGCAUUGACCCGAUUCGAAAGACUGGCGUCGCGCAGCUGGCUGGCUUCCAACCGCAGUCAGUCCCCUCCAAGAAGGGGACCGCAGACUUCUUUGAGGCCGACGCUCAAGGCCUCGAGACGGUCGGCGAGUCGAUUCGACGCAUCAAUGAAGUCAAUGUCACGGCCACUGGUCUCGUGCUCACUGCGCUCAUCCCCAUGCUGCAGACGACAUCGCCUUCCCCGGCCAUCCACCUCCUCUCCUCCAUGGCUGCUUGCCUUCCCGCACCAACAAGAUCCCUCUACGGCGCUUCCAAAGCCGCUCAGCUUCUCCUGUUCCAAACCACCGGCUUGGAAGCCGACUCGCAAACGAAGGCCAGCAAAGACACAUCACUGAGGCGGAAUCGCAUUCGCUUCUUUGCCACGCUCCCGGGCACCAUUCUGAGCGACUUUAGGACCAGCGCCGUCGAUGGCAGCCCCGAGAGCAGCAAUGCAGUCGACUCAACCUGGACCGAUGGCAAGAAGAAGGGCGACGGUCUGGCCUGCGCAGAAGUGGCAGAAAAGAGCAUCCUCGCAUUGGAUCGAUUUUCCGAGGGCGUGCUCGAAAUGCCUGCAAAGUACUACGCCGCUCGAAGGGUCUAUCCCUUCUUGCCAGGCGUCAUUGCCAAGUUGGCUCACAAAAAGUACCAAUACUGAUCUGCAUCAAUGAAUACUGUCAAC